AUGGCCUUCACAGCCCCUCUCACACUAACUCUUAAUCUAAUUCUAGUAACUUUAUCAACAACAUCAUGUGAUCCUUACUAUAAUUACAACAAAAUCCUGAACCCAAUAGACUCUUGCUGGAGGGCCAAAUCUAAUAAUUGGGCCACAAAUCGUCGUGCAUUAGCCGAUUGUUCGGUUGGGUUCGGUAAAAAUGCCAUCGGAGGGAAAUUCGGAGCCACUUAUUUCGUGACAGACCCGUCAGACGACCCGACAAACCCAAAACCCGGCACCCUGAGAUACGGCGUGAUCCAACCGAAUCCACUUUGGAUCGUUUUCGCGAGAAGCAUGGUCAUCACGCCGAAAAACGAGCUCAUGAUAAGUAGUUACAAGACGAUCGACGGGAGAGGGGCGAAAGUGGAAAUCGCUUACGGGCCUUGCAUCACGAUACAACAUGCUAGCCACGUGAUCAUACACGGGAUUAGCAUUCACGAUUGUAGGCCCGGGAAAUCGGGCCUCGUCCGGGACAGCUCAAUCCACGUGGGCCAUAGGCGGGGCUCGGAUGGUGAUGGUAUCGAUAUAUUCGCCUCGACUGAUAUAUGGAUCGACCAUUGCUACCUUUCGCGUUGCUAUGACGGGCUUAUCGACGUGAUUCAUGCUUCUACGGACAUCACCAUAUCCAACAAUUACUUCACACAACAUGAUAAAGUUAUGUUGGUGGGACAUGAUGAUCAGAAUUAUGAGGACAAAGCAAUCAAAGUCACCGUGGCUUUCAACCGUUUUGGACCCGGUUUAAUCCAAAGAAUGCCAAGCAGAGUUAGACUAGGUUAUGCGCACGUGGCAAACAACAGAUACGACACGUGGGGGAUGUACGCCAUUGGCGGGAGUGCUUACCCGACCAUAUUCAGCGAAGGAAAUUACUUCAUGGCCCCUUACAGUCCAUAUAUAAAACAAGUGACAAAGAGGGAGAACAAGAAGAACGGGUGGACAAACUGGAAAUGGAGGUCAUAUCGGGACAGGUUCAUGAACGGGGCUUAUUUUGUGCCAUCUGGAUAUGGGAGCAUUGCACCGAGCUACACCAGAGCGCAAUUUUUCAAAGUGGCCGAUGGGUCCAUGGUACCCGCACUAACAUCUGAUGCCGGCCCGUUGAAUUGCUAUCCGGGAAGAGCCUGUUGA